UGAAGGGCAGUAGUCGAAAGGAGCUCGACCUGGAAAGGUCUCCCAGCGGUCACAAAUUACACAAAAAGUCUUAAAACGCGAAUUAAAUAAGCAGUUUUUCAUAUAGUAAAUUCGUUGAAAAUCAAAAAUUAAAAUGGCAAGAACGGUCAGGGUUAACCUUGAUGAUGUGGUGAUGUCCUUGGGGCAAUAAGGGUUACAUACGUAGUUUUAUAGAGUGUGCUUGGAAUGCUUUUUGUGUAACCGUUUACGUUAUGUUAUAAGGCAAUCAAGCUGUGAGUCACGUGAUAUCAAGAACAUAUGUAUAUGAUGUAUCUUGUUUCACUUAUUUCCUUAAUAUAUUAAUUAAAUUGCGGGCAAUGUUAAGAGAAUUGAUGGUGAAGUUUUUUUUGGAAAUAGUAUUACUCCUUGGGCUGGUCCAUUGUGACUAUUGCACAAGGCCUCUGGCCAAAAAUGUACCCAGAAUCAUCAACGAAGUUGUAACCAACGAAAAUAAGCAUAUACCUCUCGUUACCGGGCCGGAAUCCAAACCGCAGAUUUCUUUGGAGCCGUCUCCCGUCCGCCACGGCUGGUUCAAGGUGGAGCGGGUGCUGCUAAGUUCCUGCAAGCGCUAUCCGCUGACCAAGGAACAGCAGUCCUUCUUCGAGUUGGUUACCGAGGCCUGCGUGGGCACAUCUGAUUCCCGGCGCCAGCGGGCCCUCCAAACCCUCACCACUGAUCCUUCGAUAGAGGUGUUGCUGCCCACGCUGACCAUGUUCAUCGCGGACGCAGUGGCUAUCAACGUGAAACAGCAGGACAUGGCGAUGCUCUUUUACCUUAUGCGCAUGAUUAGAUCCCUGUUAGGAAACCAUCGCUUUAGCUUGUUGCAAUAUCUCCACCUGCUCCUGCCAGCCGUUCUAUCCUGCGUGCUGGCGAAACAAGUGUGCGCAUCUCCUGACUCGGAUGACCACUGGGCCUUAAGGGAGUACUCCGGAAAUAUAAUGGGCCAUAUAGGGCGCCAGUUCGACGCUGCCGACACUAGCAUUUUGCCCAGAGUCAUUGGGGUUUACAAAAAGGCGCUAUUGAUGAAGCCACUGACGACGGUGUUCGGAGCAGUCAUUGGCCUGGGAAAGUUGGGGAAUCGCGCAGUACGCGCCUGCAUUGUGCCUCAAUUAAAGUAUCUAUCUGAACACACCGCGCCUUACAUGACCACCAGCGAAGACAGACUGGCAGCAAAGUACAUUCGCCAUCGGGUGGUGAAGAUGUGCACUCCCGUGCUUUUUAGUUUACAUCAACCACCUGAUCUGCCAGAACAGUACAUGGACAAAUAUGGAUCUUUGGGCCUGCUGUUGAGCGAUUCCGUUAAAGUGAUGCGUAUGAAGACACAAGCAGGGGCUGAAGCCAAGGCGGAAACAGAAGUGGCGUUAAAAAAAAUGGCUGCAGAACACCAUUGCACCAGAAUGGCAGGAGUUCUAUAUAUCAGCUCCAACGGUCCUAUCUCUGGCAACCAGCUGCCCGGCAAUGGCGUUCGUCACACAAGCCAAGCAUCCCAAUCUGGCUAUUCAAUUCAACCUAUAAAUGUGAAUACCCAAACGCAAAAUUCGGGCACUCCAAUGCUUCAGUACCAAAAGCAGGCUACUAAUUUGAAGCCUUCGGACUGCAUGGUUUCCCAAUCGAUGCAAUUCAAAAACGCUUUAAUUUCGCCCACUUCCCAGCGCUCCGUUUCGCAAUCCAGGAACGAAAUGCAUUUGAAGCCCAACAAUGUUUGUGUUCGUCCACCCGCCAUAAAUGGAUUUGGUCGUACGCAAUCCCAUAACGGCAGAAUGCCCAUUAAUUACUUAGUUUAAUAGCCGAUCUCUGUAAAAAUAUUCAUACUUUAUUCACUUUAAUAAUAAUAAACUUGUUCAGUUU